AUGAAAGUCCUUUCGGAAGAUAGAACGCGAAUUUUGUUUGAAAAAUUAACUAAAUACAUCGGCGUAAAUGUAAAACUUCUAAUAGACAGACCCGAUGGCACAUAUUGUUUUAGAGAGAAAAAAGACCGUGUGUAUUACAUAUCGGAACGACUUUUACAGCUGGCUCAAACUGUGAAACCUGAGCAUUUAGUAUCCGCUGGCACGUGUUUUGGAAAGUUCACUAAAACUAAUAAAUUCAGAUUGCAUAUCACUGCGUUGACUUAUAUAGCUCCUUACGCACCCUACAAAAUCUGGGUGAAGCCAUCAGCUGAGCAACAGUUCUUGUACGGUCACCAUGUUAUAAAAAGUGGGUUGGGUAGAAUAACAGAAAAUACACCAAAACAUCAAGGUGUUGUCAUAAAUACUAUGUCAGAUAUCCCUAUUGGUUUUGGUGUGACGUCAAGGACAACCGCUGAGUGCAGACAUGCUGACCCUUUGGCUACAAUAGCAUUUCAUCAAGCAGAUAUAGGAGAAUACAUUCGUUCUGAAGAUACUUUAAUAUAG